UGGUAAAAGUCGUCGAAGUUAUUGCGCGGAUUGUACCUAUGUACUUCUAUAUAUAGUACCAGCCUACCUCAUACAUAUCUCAUCAUAGUAAUUAAAAAUUAAAACGAUCAACGACGUAUAAACAAUGUCCAAGCCAACGCACCUCGAGCCCUCGGAGCUGGGCACCAAGGAAUACUGGGACAACCUGUACGCGGCCGAGAUCUCCAACCACGCCCACAACCCCGCCGACACCGGCACCGUCUGGUUCGACGACUCCGACGCCGAGGCCAAGCUCAUAGACUUCCUCGCCGAGCAGCAGGAGCAGCAGCUCCUCUCCGAAGAAACCACCUCCUUCCUCGACCUCGGCACCGGGAACGGCUCCCUCCUCUUCGGCCUCCGCGACGCCGGCUGGCGCGGCCGCAUGCUCGGCGUGGACUACUCGCGGCAGAGCGUCGAGUUCGCGCGGCGCAUAGCCGAAUCCCGGUCGCGGUCCCAAGACCAUAACUCCAACUCCAAUUCCAACUCCUACCCGGACGCAGACGCAGACGCAACGGAAUCACAACCAGCAAGAGAACCUCCGGUCGAGUUCCUCGAGCACGACAUCCUGCGCACGCCCGCCUCCGCGCUCCUAGCCGGCGCGCGCCAACCGCACGGCUGGGACGUGGUGCUCGACAAGGGGACCUUCGACGCGAUAUCGCUGUCGCCGGAGACGGACCCGGCGACGGGGCGGCGCGCGAGCGAGUCCUACCGGGCGCGGGUGGCGCCCCUCGUGCGCGACAACGGGGGCCUGUUCCUCGUCACGAGCUGCAACUGGACCGAGGAGGAGCUGAGAAGCUGGUUCGAAGGUGCGAGGAAGGACGGCGAGGAGGAAGAAGAAGAGGCCAAGGGUUGGCGGUUCGAUCUUGUCGGUAGGGUCGAGUAUCCUAGCUUUAGCUUCGGCGGCGUAAAGGGGCAGACAAUUAGUAGUUUAUGUUUUAGGAAAGUUAGGGAUACCUAGAGAAAAAGAAAAAGAAAAAAGAAAAGAAAACAUAACACGGGCUGGUCCGAUUAACUAUAGACAUCACGUACGUAUAGGAGUAGAGGGCAUUGAUUAAAGCUAGAAAAGAUACCCCGGGGUAGAGAAAGUACAAAUAGAAGGCUAGAAGAGAACGUCACCGUAGGCAUGUUUGACUUGAGAUCUAUUAAACUGCUCAUGUUCUUUUUUUCGUCUUUUAUCAUACACAUAUCGGGCAACUUCCAAGGACGUUUUUUGUUUUGUUUUUUUCGAAGACCACC